CGUCGACGGGGUAUAAGCCGUAGUCGUGUAAUCCAUAAAAUACACCUCAUUCGUCAUCGAGAUUCCAAUGUCUAACAGAUGUUUGGAAAGUUUGGUGUCGUGCAGCAGCAACAUUGUCUGUUGACUACUAAUCGGUUCUCAGUAUUUGUUAAUCUAUUGUGCGUGUACGAUGGAUUAUUUAAGUAAUAUAUCGAAUAAAUUGAUUUGUCUUGUUGAAAACGAACCGACAGAUAGAGUUUUUAAACCAUUCAGUAAAUUAUUGAAAAAUUAUCGAGAUUUGCAAUAUUUUGCGGAACGUCUAGGAGAUAAAGUCAACGGUACCGGUGGAGACUUUUUACACUACAAGGGUUGUGAAUUAUUGAAUGUGGGAAAAAAUUCGGACAAUCCUGAAUGUGCAUGCUCAGUUGUGAAGCGAAUAUAUUACGAACUUUUGGAUUCAAUUGAAACAAUUGAAAAAACGGUGAAUGCGAAUCGCAGCGAUAGUAACGCCUAUUGGACCUUGAGACUUUAAUCACAAUGGCUACACCAAGGUGUAAAUUCAAUAAAAUCAACGACUUGAUCGAUUCAUCAAUAUAUAGCAUUUCACAAAUGUCUCGUGUAUACAUUGGUCUGGAUCCUGACGAUUCAUUUUGUCCAAAAGUAAAGUUGGUAAACUGUCAUCAAGAACUUAUUAUCACUAUCGAUUUACUACAUAGAAUGUAUUCAAUGUGCGGAUAUAUUUUAUCGAUAACGGAAAAUUUAAACGGAAUACUACUUUUGCAAGAUGAAAACAUUAAGGUGAUUCUGACACAGUGGGUGCAAACUAUUACCCGAAAAGAUACAUUACUGUUUCAGUCAAAACGAGAUGACAACUGUAUAUUUUUGAUGAAUACAUCUGAGUUUGCGCAAUUGUACUUCUUUAAAGAUAUGUUAUUUGAGAAAAUACAUCGACAAUUGUUUCAUAUACGUCCGCGUAUUUUACAUGAAAUAAAGGUUAUACUUCAGUCUUCAAUUGAUCGUAUGGUGGUUGAAAAGAAACCGAUAAUUUUUCCCCAAAUUAAAACGCCGGAUUUGUUAUAUUUCUAUGAAAUUUGUUGUACGGGAUUUAUGGCUAAAUAUCUAGAAAAUAUCUCGAAAACUAUUUUCAAUUAUCCACACAUGAAACACUUGUAUUACUUUUCCGAUCUGGUAGAAUUGGCUACAAAUAGAUCAUUUUUAGGUGUAGAUGCUUUGCCGAUAAUUGACAAGAAAGACCUUCUAUGUGUGACUUUUCCAAUCAAAUUCAAGGAUAAUCGAAAUAAAAUAACAUAAAAAACAACAAGUUUGCAAAAUAACUAUGUUUUUAUUAAUAAAAAUUAUAUAUUUAUACAUUUUUUUG